AUGAACAAUUUUGAACAUGGAGAAAACACCGUUCUCUGUGGAGAGAGACUGUCCUCGUGUUCUGUAUGCAGACAAGGAUUCAGCAAAUCGUCUGCCCUCUCAAAGCACAAGUGCAGCUUCAGCGGGGAGAAACCCUGGAAAUGCGGCGACUGUGGGAAGGGAUUCAAUUAUCCGUCUCAUCUGGAAAUUCAUCGCCGCUGUCACACUGGGGAGAAGUCUUUUGGGUGCUCUUACUGUGGAGCUCGAUUCAGGCAGUCAUGUCAUCUCACUGUACACCAGCGAAUUCACACCGGGCAGAGACCGUUCACCUGCCCAGAGUGUGGGAAGGGAUUCACUCAGUCAUCCCAUCUGCGGACACACCAGCGUGUUCACACGGGGGAGAAGCCAUUCACCUGCAUGGAAUGUGGGACCGGAUUCUCUCGGUCAUCUGAAUUACUGAGACACCACCAGGUUCACAUCAGGGAGAGGCCUUUUAAAUGCCCAGACUGUGGAAAGUGUUUCAAAGGUUCUGGGGAACUGGCCUCUCAUCAACAUGUCCAUACUGUGCAGAAACCGUUUAGUUGCUCCCACUGCGGGACUGGGUUCAGCAAAUCUGUUUAUCUCACUCAACACCAGCGGAUUCACGGGGAGAGGCCAUUCGCCUGCCCCGAGUGUGGGAAGGGAUUCACUAAGACGUGCCAUUUGAUGACGCACCAGCGAGUCCACAGUGGCGAGAGACCAUUCACCUGCUCCACGUGUGGGAAGGGAUUCAGUACCGCGUCCCGUCUGAUGACACACCAGCGAGUCCACACUGGGGAGAGACCAUUCGCCUGCCCAGAGUGUGGGAAGGGAUUCACUCAGUCAUCCCACCUUAUGGAGCACCAGCGAGUUCACACUGACGACAGAUCUUUUCAAUGCCCUGACUGUGGGAAAUGCUUUAAAAGUCCUGGGCAGUUGAAAUCCCAUCAACUCGUUCACACUGAUGAGAGACCGUUCAGGUGCUCUCACUGCGGCUCUAGGUUCAAGCGCUCCUCUCAGCUCACUAUUCACCAGCGCAUUCACACGGGGGAGAGGCCGUUCUCCUGCAUGGAGUGCGGGAAGCGAUUCGUGCACUCGUCCCACCUGCUGACACAUCGGUGGGUUCACAGUGGGGAGAGGCUGUUCUCCUGUUCUAAGUGCGGGAAGAGAUUCACUCAGUCUUCGGCCCUGCAGACACACCAGCGAGCUCAUACUGGGGAAACGCCAUUCACCUGUACUGUAUGUGGAAAGAGAUUCACUUGGUCAUCCAACUUCCUGAGACACAAGGAAGCUCACAAAUCACGACAGUGAUUGCAUUUUUCUGUUGCAUCCAGGA